GGGGCCAAGCCCCCUGCUCAGUGCCACCCACCGGGAGACCCAUCCUGGGGCCGCUCCUUUGGAGAGCUGUUUUGGGGUCCCCCCAGUGAUGUGGGGCCGGGGUACGCCCCAGCCAUGUCAUUCCGUAAGGUGGUGCGGCAGAGCAAAUUCCGGCACGUCUUUGGGCAGCCAGUGAAGACAGAGCAAUGCUACGAUGACAUCCGUGUAUCCCGCGUCACCUGGGACAGCACCUUCUGUGCUGUCAACCCCUCCUUUGUGGCCAUCAUUGUGGAGGCCAGUGGCGGUGGAGCCUUCCUGGUACUGCCCCUGCACAAGACUGGCCGCAUUGAUAAGUCGUACCCCACUGUGUGUGGGCACACAGGCCCUGUGCUAGACAUCGAGUGGUGCCCACACAACGACCACAUCAUUGCCAGUGGUUCCGAGGACUGCACUGUCAUGGUGUGGCAGGUGCCUGAGGGGGGCCUCGUGCAGCCACUCACAGAGCCAGUGGUGGUGCUGGAGGGACACUCGAAGCGUGUAGGCAUCAUUGCCUGGCACCCCAGCACCCGCAACGUGCUGCUCAGUGCAGGCUGUGACAACGUGGUGCUGAUCUGGAAUGUGGGUACGGGAGAGGAGCUGUACCGUCUGGAGGGGCUGCACCCUGACCUCAUCUACAGCGUGAACUGGAGCCGUGAUGGGAGCCGUUUCUGCACUGCCUGUAAGGAUAAGAGUGUGCGUGUCAUUGACCCCCGCCGCGGCACUGUGCUGCUGGAGAAAGAGCGGGCACAUGAGGGUGCACGCCCCAUGCGUGCCAUCUUCCUAGCUGAUGGCAAGAUCUUCACCACUGGCUUCAGCCGCAUGAGCGAGCGGCAGCUAGCACUGUGGGACACGGAGAACCUGGAGGAGCCCAUGGGUCUGCAGGAGCUGGACUCAAGCAAUGGGGCCUUGCUGCCCUUCUACGACCCUGACACCAAUGUGGUCUACGUCUGUGGCAAAGGCGACUCGAGCAUCCGCUACUUCGAGAUCACAGAGGAGCCACCCUACAUCCACUUCCUCAAUACAUUCACCAGCAAGGAGCCGCAGCGAGGCAUGGGCUGGAUGCCCAAGCGUGGGCUGGACGUCAGCAAGUGUGAGAUUGCCAGGUUCUACAAGCUGCAUGAGCGUAAGUGUGAGCCUAUCAUCAUGACAGUGCCAAGGAAGUCGGACCUAUUCCAGGACGACCUGUACCCCGACACGGCGGGCCCCGACCCGGCGCUGGAGGCAGAGGAAUGGGUGGCGGGGCAGACAGCGGGGCCGUUGCUGGUGUCCCUGCGCCAGGCCUACGUCCCCAGCAAGCAGCGGGAGCUGAAGGUGAACCGCCACUCCCUGCUGCACGACGGCCGUUCUGCCGCCACCGCCAGCACUGCGCCGGUGCCCAUCGCCCCCAGCUCCCGUCUCAGCGCACCCCCGGCCCUGGGCACCGGGACCGCCGCCCCAGCGGUGGGCGGGCGGCUGGACGAGGUGCUACAGGAGAUGGCGGCACUGCGGACGCUCGUGACGGAGCAGGGCCAGCGCAUCGCCCGCCUGGAGGAGCAGCUCAGCCGCCUGGAGAACGGACACGUCUAGGGGCAAACCGGACCACCCACCCAGUGACUGCGUGGGGGCUGCCCCCCGCAGCCGGGGACCAAGCCUGUAUCUCCUGAGCCCUCCUCGUGUCCUCCCCUGGGGUUAUAUUCUGUCCCUCAGGGAUCGCGUCUCCCCCUCCACUCAGGGUCCUGUCCCCACCCCGCUUGUUGCCCCUCGUUCCAUCUACCCAGCCGUCCCCCCUGCAGCUCCCCCAUCACCCUUACUGCCUUACUGGGCGCUGCCCACCUGUGGAUCGUGGACCACUUUGCCCCCUGCUGCCUCGCUGUAGCCCUCAAGGGUUAGUGGGGAGGUUCUUGGGAUCAAACACUAAAGCAUCUCGCACCCCCCGUGCCCGCAGGGUUGGGUAGUGUCAUCUCCCUUUACCAUCUGGCACAGCCACGGGAUCCCCUUCUCCUUUUCCCUCCCUCUAGGGCAGGGUCCAAAUCUAUAUUUUCACUCCAAAUAAAGCUCUUUAUAAUAAA